UGUUUUGAAUUUAAUUAAGUUGGAAAUUUGUUUAGACCUCAGGGGCGUACCUAAGUGGCAUUUGACUUUAAUAGAGAUUUAUGAAAGAAUGCCCUACCUUCUUAUUUGUUGGUGGAUUUUUAGUUCAAUUUGCUUAUGUUCUUUCAAUAAAUACAUUUUAUGACCACAAUAAAUCGAGGGAUUAUAUUCCAAAUGUUUGGAGACGUUUUAUAGUUGCUUUUUUGAAUAAUUUUUUUGGGAUUAUUUUAACUUAUCAAUUAAUUGAAGUGGUAAAUUUAUUUUUAAAAUUUUUUAAAAUUGUAAUUAGAGUUGCCGUUUUCGGACGAGCCUCCGUCUGAAUAAACUUUUUAGGCGCAAUUUUAUUGUUUUUAGGACUCCAUUUUGUUUUGGGUUAUUCAAGUUUUGGGUUGAAUUUUCGAGAAGUCUUCAUCUUCUUACAUAUAUCCCUUCAGACUUUUUCCCUUCAGAAAAAAUCCUUCAGAAUUUUUUUAAAAAUCCCUUCAGACUUUUUGCUGUCUAACAGGCCCUUAAUUGAGAUAUAAUUCA